AGAAAGAAAAAUCUAAUAUCAAAUCAAAUUUAGAAUAUCACUAAGUUUAAUUAUUUGCGGCUGAAAAUUUUGGCUAAUAAAUGUGAUGGAUAACAUAAGCGAUGUAAAAAUAAUUGACUGUGGGCAUUCUCUGUACUUUCAACCUCGUCGUAUGUUUUAUAAGCAGGAUGGUAAAGAGAAAUCAUGGGACUUGAUGCGUGUUCAUGAUAGUGUUGCCAUUCUUAUUUUCAAUGUUACAAGACAAGCAUUGAUAUUUGUGAAGCAGUUUAGACCAGCUGUUUAUUAUGCUGACCUGAAGUUUGAAGAUAGUGAUGGAAAUGUUGAUGUCGACAAGUGCCCAGCAAGUUUGGGCAUGACAAUUGAAUUGUGUGCUGGCAUUGUGGAUAAAGAGCAGAGCCUUGUUGAGACUGCUAGAGAUGAAGUUCUAGAAGAGUGUGGUUACACUGUUCCUCUUUCAAAUUUUCAUAAAGUUACUUCAUACAGAUCAGGGGUUGGUAUUUCAGGUUCUAUUCAAACACUGUAUUAUGUAGAAGUCACAGAUUCAAUGAAAGUUUCACAAGGAGGGGGAAAUGAACAUGAAGGGGAAUAUAUUGAAGUAAUUGAAAUGGAUUUGGCCAAAGCACAGUCCCUUGUGUAUGAUGAAUCAGUACCACGACCAGCAUCCAUCAUUCUAGCUUUGAUAUGGUUUUUCCAGAACAAAGUACCACCAAAUUUACAGCAAAAACUUUAAUAGUUUUAGUGAAUCUUUUUUUUUUUUUUUUUUUUGUGAAUUGAAUACUGCAAG